AUGAACGACCAAACAAACCGACAAAACGACCCUUUCGAGACACCUUUCGAUGGUCCUGACGAUAAGCCGACCGAGCAAGAAGACUGGGAGCAGUGGGAGAGCGACUGCGAUGAGGAAAAGCGUGUUGAGCACAAUGACAACGGCGAAGACAUUUCUCCAUUGGCCUCAUCAAAGGCUGUAACGUCGCCGAAAACCCAAGAUCAAGUGCUGCCAUCAAUAUCUUACUCGCGUCAAUCCCACCCCCUUCAAGCCGGGCCGAGUACAACAACUGCUCCGUUCUUUACACAGGCGUCGACAAAAAACCCGGUCCAGAACCCACUGCGACUGAUAUCCCGUGCUCGCCAAAAGGAUCAGAACAACAAGGAAGGUAUCCGACUGGUCACAGACAUGUCAAAGUUCCGCAAGCAGCAGCAGGCUGAGCAGAGACGACAGCCAGGAGUCGGUGGCAGGGUGGGGAAGUUUGUGGAUGCCGCUGCCCUGAGGGCUUUGGAGGGCAAGCCGUCUGAUACGUCUAUUGGCAACUGGAACUGGCUGCGACGCAUGACCAACGGCAAUAUUGCCAUGUCCCCGCAGAAGCAUCACGGAGGCAACAGCAAGAACAAGGCGGAUAACACUCCAAUCACCACCACUGCCCAGGGCUUAUCUCCCAAUGACGGGCCCAUUGUCAUUGGCAUAAGUCUUCCUGAAGAUGAUCUCGCAGGAAAGACUCUCACACCACAAACAACGACGAUGGAAACCCCUUUCGAUGCUUCCCAGUAUCUUGACAGGAGCGGUGCCAUCCAACCUCGACAGGGAGGUACCACUCAGCAGCAUCGACUGCAGCCAGGGCAGGCUCCUACCCAGGGACAAGUACCAUCGAGGGCCCCGCAACUGCAGUCGGUUUGGUCUCCCGACACUGAGGACGGUUCACCUCUCAGUUCUGGUAGUUCAGUGGCUCAGACAGCUUCGAGCAUCUACUCGAUGCCAAACCACAACAUCGAGCAGGAAGGGCUGCCCCCCGUUCCGACAGUACCGCCAAGCUACCACGGAACAAGCAUGGAAGAGCCAAGGCUGCCGUUUUUAGCCAACAAGAGCAGCCACACGACGACCAGAGCCAGCAUCAUUCUCCGCGAUGAGAUCGAUGACGAUGACGACUAUGGCACGCCGAUCACCUUGUUUGAAGAAGACGGCAGCCCACGGUCGUACCGGCGACUAUCCCACGUCAGAAGUUAUGUGCGCUCUAUGGCCGCCACCGUGGGCACGACGCACUCGGGCUGGUGGGAUCAUGUGCGAACGCCUUUUGCGGAACAUCCGGCUAGUCCGUUCUCUGGCAAGACAGCAUCUCCCACGACACCGGCGUCCACACCAGCAACAGAGCCCGUGCCUGCAGUGCCUGUGGUGGCCGAAGAGUUUACCGUGCCGGUUCUGCCAGCCAUUACGAUGACACCUGCUGUUUCAGCUGCGUCUGACGAAUGGUGGAGGCAUAACGAUGGUGAACAGCCGUCGCCUGCUGCUGUGGAGAUGGCCACAGGGCGAAAUAAAACAGGUCUGGGCAUCUCAACGGCCUUGGCCAAUGCCGGUCGUGUACAAGUCAGCAACGAUCGCUCGCCGACGGUGGUGUCGUCUUCCCGCUUCUUGGCGCCGAUCCAGCCUGCUGGCGAAACAAGCGAGAAGACAGUGGAGGUGCAAGUGCAGGGUCGAGAGCGCAGCACUGACACUCCGUCCGAUGCGCCACCACCAUACGAGACGCCAUCUAGACCGGAGAUGGCCGUGCGAUACCGGGCGGUGCUUCCGCCGGGCCAUUUGGCGCGAGCUGACUUCCCCCUUUCUCCAGGGCCGAUUUCCCCGGGCCUGCUCCAGGCUAUGACAUCUCAGGGAGCGAUUCACAUGGCGGAAGUACCGCUGACGCCUCCGGGAAUUCGAAGCGCGGCGGCGGCGAGUGGAACACCCCUACCCAACCAACCCCGGGGCGCGUUUCUCUUUCGCGGGGCAGCACCGUCACCAGCUGCGGCCAAGGUCGAGCGGACGCGCCAGCGGCAUGAAAAAGAGGACGUGGCCGUGCAGCAGGCAGGGUCGUUCUGGCGUGGGCGCGGGUGCCUGCCGCAGAACGGCUGCUUUGGACGACGCCGAGGCCGUGAAGCCCGCAAGCGACGCCGUGCGAUCCUCGGGGUGGCGGGCGGAGUGAUCUCGGCGAUCACGUUGGCAGUGGUGCUGGCAGUAGUGCUGGCACGGCGGCACACAGCAGUCUCGACAGCUUAUUCGUUCUGGCUGAACACGACGGACUUCCCGCCAAUUCCCACAGGCGUCACCACGGUGGUCGGGGCCGAGAACACGAUUACUGCGGACGGCUGCGUCAGUCCGUCGACCAUGUGGAGCUGUUCGCUGCCCAAAGAGCAGCAGAAUGCCAACCUGCCGUUCUCGGCGGACGCGCUGAUGUUUGUGCUGGACAUACAAUUCGACAACAGCUCGCAGAAGCUAUGGAACGUAGCAGACGGAGCGGUACCGGUGCCGACGACAACGACGGCGCUAUCCGGCACGACGACGAGCUUCACGGCCAAAACUACAGGCACGGCGGCUGCAACGACUAUGGCCACGUCAACGAGCCAGAGGUUCGACGCCGGUUUCACGCCGCAGCCGUCGCCGCCAGCAUUCGAGGAAAUGUGGUUCCUGGGCAACACGACGGACGACAUUGUGGCAGACCGCAAGGCAGGCGAACCAACGCCGUUCUACAUCAGCUUUUUGGCGUCGGUCAACAGCAGCACGGCAGGGCCGAACGAGGUGGUGAGACGGCGCAAUAGAAUGCGGGAGAGGGCGACCGGCAGCAGCAGCUCAUUCCAUUUUCCGGCGGCGGCCACGAAUGCCGACGGCACCGGUGCGGCAGCGGUUCUACGACCAUUUCCGAAGCAGCAGCCAGUGCGGCUGUACGACCGCGGACUGCCGACAGAGCACUACGGCUUCUACAGCUACUUUGACAAGACGAUCUACGUCAAGUCGACGGCACCAGAUGGCAGCGAUGCGGACGACAAGGCUGGCGGGUCGUUGGAGACGGAGGCAGCAUACAUGGUCACCUUUCUACAGACACGGUUUCUGGUGGAGAUCUGGACGCGGAUGGGCAACAGCACGCGGAUGCUGGGUGACAGCACGGUCCGGACGGCGAACACGACGCAGCCCGGCACGUUUCCCUAUCCCAUCACGAUCACAGAAGACCUGCACGGCGGCGACUUUAACAGCAAGGGUGCGUUUGCACGAGCAGUGGACAGCGAGCAGCACAUCCUGGCAGCCAAUACCAGUCUCAUUGUGGCGAACUUGCAGUUUGGCGGAACGCUGAUCAACCACAGCGACAACCUCAGUUUUGGCGGCUCGGACGGCGGCUCAGGCGGAUGCAAGUGUGCAUGGGCGAAUUUUCUCGGAGAAAACGGCAACACGUCAACGUGA